AUGGGAGGUGCACCACCCAUGAUGGGCAGUCCUAUGAUGUACAAUAAUCCCUAUGCGCCGGGAAUGUACUAUCCCUGGAUGGGUGGCAUGUCACCUGGAAUGCAUCCUAUGGACCAACCACCUUCUGAAGGACCAUGUUCACAUGGGUUCUACCCUCCCAAAUAUGUGCAAGGAACACCUGAGCCUCAGGACGCAAGAGAUGUAUGGACCAAGCAGCUUGCUGACCUGAAUGAAAUGGGGUUUGAUGAUGAGCAAGAAAAUAUUAAGGCCUUGAGAAGGGCCAAAGGAAAUGUUUCCAAGGCAGUUGAGUACUUGGCUGAAAAUAAGGAUAAAAGGUGA